CCAUUCGUCUACGCAGAAGGCGAAGUUCAGUUUUCCAUGGAAGCUGAAAGCAGCAGCAGCAACAGUAAUUCUGACGCCUCCGAAUUCGAAAAGAAGCAGCGAUGGAGAGCGGAAGACGCAAUAGCUGGGAAUCUAUCUGCAUUGGAAGCUCUCAGAGAGCUCAUUGUGUUUCCUUUGCUCUACUCUCGUGAAGCCCGAAAGCUGGGCCUUAAGUGGCCGACGGGGCUGCUUCUGUACGGUCCUCCUGGAACUGGAAAGACGAGUCUUGUUCGUGCAGUGAUUCAGGAAUCUGGUGCCCAUCUGGUUGUAAUUAGUCCAUAUUCUGUUCGCAGACCACAUGCCGGGGAAAGUGAGAGGAUUCUGAGAGAGGCUUUUGCAGAUGCAUCCUCACAUUUGGGAGCAGGCAAGCAGUCAGUCGUGUUUAUAGACGAAAUCGAUGCGAUCUGCCCUCGUCGUGAUUCUGGGAGAGAGCAAGAUAUUCGUUUAAUCUCUCAACUCUGCACGCUAAUGGAUGCCAUCAAGCCCUCUUCUACCUCUUCAGGGCAUGUGGUCGUGGUUGCAUGCACUAACAGAGUUGAUGCAUUGGACCCUGCACUCAGAAGAUAUGAACGUUUCAAUAGUGAAGUAGAAGUUACGGCUCCUACAGGAGAGGAACGCUUAGAAAUCCUCAAGCUCUACACAAGGAAGCUAGUUUUGGAUGAUGACGUUGAUUUGCAAGCUGUUGCUGCUUCUUGUAAUGGAUUCGUUGGGGCUGACUUGGAAGCAUUGUGCCGUGAAGCUGCCAUGUCAGCUAUUAAGUCGGCCAAAGCAAGUGGAGAUGGUGGGGUUCUUUGCUUAACGGCAGAAGACUGGCGAAAAGCGAGGUCCAUUGUUGGUCCUAGCUUAACAAGAGGUGUGACAGUCGAAGUUCCAGAUGUGUCCUGGGAUGAUAUUGGUGGACUAAAGGAUUUGAAGAAAAGACUUAAGCAAGCUGUUGAGUGGCCGAUCAAGCACCAGUCUGCACUUAGAAGAAUGGGAAUCUCUCCCAUACGUGGGAUUCUUUUGCAUGGACCUCCUGGUGUUUCCAAAACCACUAUUUCUAAAGCUGUAGCUAAUGCUGCUCAAGCUUCUUUUUUCUCCUUGACUUCUGCAGAUUGUUUUAACAAGUAUGUUGGAGAGGGUGAAGCAUUGUUGCGCAACACAUUCCAAAGAGCUCGUGUGGCAGCUCCCAGCAUAAUCUUCUUCGAUGAAAUCGACGUUCUGGCUGGUAAACGAGGUGACAGUUCAAGCAACUCAUCCGCUGCAGGGGAGAGGCUUCUAUCGACCCUACUGACUGAAAUGGACGGUCUGCAAGAAAUAAAAGGCGUCCUUGUAUUGGCGGCUACCAAUCGUCCACAUGCAAUAGAUGCUGCACUGAUGCGCCCUGGACGCUUUGAUCUGGUCUUGUAUGUACCACCAUCUGAUAAGGAGGGUCGACUCGAGAUCCUCAACGUUCUUACACGAAACAUCAGCCUCGACGAUGAUGUCGACCUCAAAAACAUAGCAGAGAACACCGAGCUCUUCACGGGUGCUGAACUAGAGGGUCUAUGUCGAGAAGCUGGGAUGGUAGCUCUUCGCGAAGAUAUAUCCGCUGCUGUUGUCUGCAAUCGUCACUUUCAGAAGGCGUUGAGUUCCUUAGCACCAGCUCUCACAAAAGCUGAGGCAGAGGAGUAUUCGUCCUUCCUGAAGAUUCAGCAGCGUGUACCCUUUUAGCCUCUUUUGUCCGAGAUAAAACAUUGGUACGAAGAUUAGGUUAGCGUAAUUUAUGGCAUUGGUUUGUGUUCAUGAAUCUCAGGUGACGGGAAUUCCUCUUUGCUCUUUCUAUUUUCCAUACCAAACCUAUAGAACAGUUUUACAGAAUACAACAACAGGGGAAACGUGCACCAUAACCAUUUUCACAACUCUACAGUCUCGUUGUUUUUUAUCGACAAAGCUACUGAUCGAUGAUGGCGAAACAGCAAUGGCGGUGGUCAGGCCAAUCGCGCCAAGGACGACAUGCAGCCCAUCCCCAAGAGGAGAGAAACGUUAGCUCCAAGCUGCAACCGCAGGUUCCCCUGCAGCUUGGGGUUCAUGAAAUCCUGUGCCAGCAAAUCCACUAGUGCCAUGUAUAUCAAUAUCCCGGCGGAAGCCGAGUUCAAGAUCCCGCUGACCAGAAGCGCGGCCUGGCUGUCCUCGCUGUAUCCUCUCGAUAUGCAGAUUCCCACCACUAUCCCAAUCGGAGUCGUCAACGAGAAGAAGAGCAUCAUUGUUGCCGCCACUCGGAACUUGAACUUUGCCUGUGAGAUGCAUCCACCGAGGCCGAGCCCUUCAAAGAAUUGGUGGAAAGUGAGUGCGGCCACCAGUGGCUUGAUCGUCCUCGUGCUCCCUGACGCGCCUAACGAUACUCCGAUUAUAACCGAGUGAACCACUAUCCCGAUCUCCAGAACCUGCAUUGCCCAAAACGUCGUCGUCGUGACGGAAAUAGAGUUGCGAUUUGGAUGGGGUUGGGUGAUAAUUUUAGCUGCUCGGUUAGAUCUCGGGCACCGAUCAUUUAUCGGUUAGUAACUGAAACAAAGACCAAAGUCUUUUUUUGUCGGUUUUCGGUUAGUUGAAGAACCAAUAGGUUCGUCCGGUCCGGUUGAUCGAGUAGCAGAUAACCGAAUAUCACUCUAACUGUGACGAAAAUGUAUUUAUCCUGAAAAAGAGUGCAAUUUUUUGUAUUUUCUAUUAAAGUUCGUUAUUGUGAUAGGUGGUGUGACAAUACCGAAGACUACUGCCGAUGCGCUAGAUUUUGCAAGUGGGAUCCGCUUUUAUGUGCUUAGAAUCGUUUUGAAAAGGGAACCAAUUCUAAAAAAAAAACAGUGUUUUUGCUUUAAAUCAAGAAAAAAGACAAUUUUAACAGUGCAUAGAAGUCAAAGCUUUUUGGAAAUACGUACAUAUAUAGACAUUUGAUAUUCCUAAUCAAAAUCAGCCGCCCAAAAUAAUUCAAUAGAACAACAAUAAUAUCGCAUGGGAAUCUUGAUGCAUGUUCAUGGGGUUAAUAAUACCCUUUUGUUUUUAUUCCUUAUACUGCUCGAAUUUGACCAAUUGAUUGGAUUCAGAUUUCAGAGUGGCCCAAACACGACCAAAUAAUUCGGUAUCCUUUACCCCUACAAUUGUAAUCUUGUUCCAAAAUAGCAUUGGAUUAAAAAAAAAUACUAACAGACCGUUUGGUACCAGUACCAAAUAAAACGAGAAUUCAUUUUAUUGUAAAAUGAAUUACAAAGUAAAAUUUAUUUUCAAAUGAAAUCUUGUGUUUGGUAUGUCAUAUUCAAAUCUUUAGAAAUAAAAUGAAUAGCCAUGUUGAAUUCAUUGUCAAA